AGGAGAGGCAAGUUGGAGCGUGAGCGUAUGUGAGCGCGCGUCAUGUGUGAGCGAGGAUACUUGUUGGAAAAGGAAAGACAAUAUUUAGUUUUCUCCAUGAUUCUUCGUCUUCUGUUUCUCUCUUCUUAUUCUUCACUGACAUCAGUGGAAUGUUUCAAUCUCUCUCGAUAUUGAGGUUAAUCUGAUUAUGAAGAUUACCUCUGAGAGACGCCCUCAUCAAUGACGACUAAGAUGGAUACUCCUUUCUACCAUGACGACUCGCCCGCCGUCUCCGGUUUCAGCCACUUUGCAGAAUACGAGCUUUAUGCCGGAAACAAGAUGCUGAUGAGCAAAAAGGCCAUGUCCUCAGCGGGUAGCCAUCAUUUCCCCGGUGGAGGCAGUAGUGUGGCCGGAGGAAGGGCGACAAACCCCAACAACAUUGGACUUGACAACAGCUCCUUAAUGAUGUCAUCAUCCGCCGACAUGAGCCAAUUGAAGCUGGCCUCACCCGAACUGGAGCAUUUGAUUAUUCAGUCCAACCAAGGCCUGGUCACCACCAGCCCGGUGUCCACCUCCACCCAUCCUUUCAUCUACCGCGGCCAGGCCACUAAUGAGCAAGAAGGCUUUGCUGACGGUUUCGUCAAAGCCCUCGCAGACCUUCAUAAGCAGAACCAGCUGGUCGGAUGUCCCAUGUCCCCGUCUUCCUCCUCCAACGUCUCCCUGCAGGUGUCCUACCAGAGGAACUUAAUGACCAGCGGUGACAUCCCCAUCUACACCAACCUCAGCAGCUACAGCCACGGACAGAUGGCGUUCUCCAGCGGGCAGAUGGCAUACAGGGGUGUUUCGGACCAUAACGGCACUCAAACACACACUCGAAUUCCGGAUGCUCCUCAGACGGUCCCUGAGGUUCCCCAUCCAUCCGGAGACCCGACGUCCCCGCCUUGCCUCUCGCCCAUGGACCUAGAGACACAAGAGAGGAUCAAAGCAGAGCGCAAAAAGCUCCGCAAUCGCAUCGCGGCGUCUAAAUGCCGUAAGCGCAAACUGGAGCGGAUCUCACGGCUGGAGGAGAAGGUGAAGAUCCUGAAGAGUCAGAACUCAGAUUUGGCUUCCACUGCCUCUGUUUUGCGGGAGCAGGUCACUCAGCUGAAACAGAAGGUCAUGAGUCAUGUCACCAGCGGUUGCCAGAUUGCUGUCAACUCUGCCACGAAAUCUGGAGGAGGGGGCAGCGUUGGAAGCAGGGACUGCUGAGGAGACCAGAAAAUCAGAUUACAUUUUUUACAACGUUGGCCGAUUUGCAAUCAACUAAGGCUUGUUUUUUCUAAGAGGGGCGGAGCUUAACAGGAGACUUCCUGGACAUGAACAAAGUUAACGGAUUCUGACACAAGUUCGAAACACUUUAAGGAGCUCAGCUAUUAUUUAUUUGAACUAUUUUUGCAUCUUCAAUAGGGCUGGUUAAAACUGGGAAUUUUGGUAUCAUUCUGGUACAUAAAUACAGGACUAGUAACGCCGAUACUGAUACUUUUGACUUGAAAUGUCAUAAUCAUUGAAUUACAUGUGGAUUUGCUUCUAGUUAGUUGAUAAUGAGAACACAGGAAAACUAUAUUAUCCAAAGAAAAAUGUUUUUGAUCUUUGAUUUUUUUUUUUUUUUUAAGAUUUAUUUAGGAUUUUACAUUUUUACAACACAUAUACAGCAGUAUACACUGAAAUGUUGGCAAUGUAAAUGUCCACAAAACACCACAAACAGGGGGAAAGAGACAACAAGAAGACACAUUUCAAUAAGACUAAACUUAACAGUC